AUGACGGAGAAAGAAGAACCGAAUCAGCACUCGAAAGGGAGGAAAUACACGAAGCUUGUCAACGUCAACAAGAGAAAUCCCUGGGAAAGCGAUGAUGAGAUCGAUGAUUGUAAACCGAAGGUGGCCCAACUUCAUCUGCUUGAGACGCCAGAGAAUGGCUACUUUCGUCCACAUUCUUCGUUCUGGGAAGAACUUGGGCGAUCGAAAGCGCAGGAAAAUGAUGAGGGAACGGAAGGAAUGGUCGUGCUGCACUAUCCGGAAGACGACGACGAUUUGGAAAAUGAAGAGGAGAAUCCACCACGAGAAUCGACGAAAUUCCAUCAACGUCUCGGCGUGUACACCUAUAAAGCGCAGGCAAAGAAGUUGAAACAAAAUAUGUUCCUCGAGAGGAAGAAGCACAAAUCUCUCUACAAACGUUUCGUCAAGGAUAUCGUGCAGUACUAUGAUGAUUAUAAACAGGAUCACAAAACACUCGAGCAAAAAGAUGAAGCGAUGUUGGCCGUGCAAAAGGAAAUGGAAUUUGUUUUCCCGUUGAAUUCGGUGCGCAUCUUUCCAAUUGGGCCAACAGCUGACGGGUGUGGAGCGAAAACGUCGGGAUUGGAUGCGACAAUCGUUUUGGAUGAGAAAUUCCCGGACGAAUGGGACGAUCGACCGAUUCGGAGGAAUGUCGACCAGACGAGAGAAUAUCAAUUGGAAUGUUUGGAGCGGAUGAAUCGUCAUCUCUCCGGACCGAAUCGUCAUAAUAGUUCGUUGAAAGUCAUCGAUUUCAUUCAAAGCGAUCCCGAAUCGGCAGAAAGUGACAUUGUGUUGGGACCAGUGUUACCCUUCCUUCGCAUUGCCUACUAUAUGGGAAGAACACCGUUGAUCAAAUCGAAAAGUCGACCGGGUGAGAAUGUGAAGAAACCAGAGCUGCCGGCCGUCUACAUAAAUGUGUUUAUCAAUGAUAUCGCCUCGAUCUACAAUGCACAUCUCAUCUACAACUAUACGAAAUUGGACAAACGUUUCCCGCAAAUCACUCUCGCGAUCAAGGGAUGGGCGGCGAACAAUUUGGCCUCAAAACAGGGACCACAACUGCUAACUAGUCCCACGAUAUGUCUGCUGGUGAUUCACUACUUGCAAUCGGGAAUCGAGCCUCCAGUUUUGCCGAAUCUUCACUAUCUACAUCCGAAACAGUUCGGUGAGCACGCGACCCUUUGGGAGAGCGAUCUGCGAGCGCCCGGAAAAGCACGAAUACCAGAGUGGCGCAACAACGGUACACCGAUUCACGAGCAACUCGUCGGUUUCUUUCACUACUACGCCAAUUUCGACUUUCGUCACAAAGCGAUCUCGAUUCAGAAAGCGAAAAUUUUGAAUAAAAAUGAAAUCCCCGAUCCGUACAACAGUCAAAUGAUCAUCGAGGAUCCAUUCAAGUUGGAUAAUUUGACCAGAGUGGUCAGCGGGCACAUUUACCGGAAAAUUGUGACCGCCUUGUGCGCGGCGGCUCUCGCGAUGACACAACGACCCGUCAUGAACAAAUUGCUUGCAGAGGAUCCGAAUAGCCGACCGAGUCUGCGCGGGCGGGAAAUGAGUCACAUACGAAUUAAACACCAUCAAACGUGCCAAUGUCGCCUUUCGGAUGAAGAUGACAACACGUUGGAGAUUGGACCGAAUGGAGAAUCGAUUCCAGCACCGCCAACCCCGCCACGACCAAACAAGAAUAAGAGGAGACGGGAGAGGGAAUUUUCCGAGAGACAGGAUGAAGAAGGGGUCUAUAACUCGAUGAUGAUGUCUCGUCAAAUUCAACCCGCGCCCCCACCUCUACUGCAACACCAACACCAAUCAGGCAGAUCGGCUUAUGGAGCUCGUCGCCAACUCGCUCAACAUCCACCGGCUCAUUUCCCGACUCGUGACGGCUUAUUGGGCACUAAGCCACCAGAAAGACGACACUUUCAACAACAAGGGAGCUCUUCAAUGGGUUUUUCAUCGCCUUCAUAUUACGGGACUCCACAGGGCGGCUACAACGCCUACAAUACGUCAGCAAGUGGAUAUUAUCAAGAGGCACCCACCAACAUUCGAUCGAUGCAUCCACCACCUCAACCACCAUCAUUUCAUCGUUAUCAAUCUCAUAAUGUUCCUUAUUCAUCUCAACCCUAUCGUUCAUCAGCCAACAACCCACCGCCACAAUUGGACCCAUCGUUGGCCGAAUUCUACUCAGCGUAUUCGUAUAAAUCU